AUGAUGCAUACGCACGGCAACUUAACUGCGAGCUAUCUCUGGCAGCCAGGGGAGUUCGCCAGACGAAUGCUGGGCGAGCGGCCUUCUCCUGUACCGCCGACCAGAGAACUUUGGCCUCAUCCUCAACAGCCUCUUAGUAUCAGCACGUUACAUGUCGCUUACAUGCAAGAUGACUGUCUGCCAAGAAGAUCCGCAACUCUGCCUACACAAACCUACACACUUACCACUGCCCCAAUCGAACAAGAGUGUUCCAAGCCGCGUGUUUGCACCGUCGGUACUAACACCGAUCCACCGCUCACUGUUUUUACGAAGUUGAAGAAUAUUUUCAAGAAGCAAGAAGAGGUCCCAGUCGGUCUACCGCCACCCGGUCGCCUGACAGCAGUUCCCCGAGAAGUUGCAAUGCCUUCGAAAGAGGAAGAUAACGCUGCCAAAAAGGCAUUUAAUGGGUUAAAAAAGGCUAUCUCUGGAGCGAAAUAUCGUAUUGCGCCUGGAACAGAGACCGUAGACAGUCCUAAAAUAGUCUACGACAUACCGAAGCCUGGAGAUCGAAUGUCAACCACUUUUGGUGUACGGGAAUCUAGAAGAUGGAAAUUGCCAUCUAAAGCAGCAUGCUCACGUCGCCUCCGCGCCUUCACCGCGUGGUGUGAACGACGUCCUCGACGGCCACCUAGACGGCAGUCACACCCGCCGCGUUUGCAGAUUACUCAGCGCGAGCUGGCGGGUCGACGGGAGACUUCUAGGGCGGGGGUUGGGUUGGGCGGUCGGCGGCGGCAGUCCCGCGCUAGGCGCCGCGUCGCCCGGUCCAUAGAACCUGUUUUUAGUGGCCCGCCCUCGGAACCGAACGAAUCCUUUCACCACCUAUCUAUCCUAAACGAUAAUUCCAAACUCUACAUUUGA